UUACAUUAUCACGUGACUAAAUAAGAAGGUGGAGGAGGAAGUUGCGUUCUGCCAUCUUGGAUAUUCUGCAUAGUAGUUGUUCGUCUAUCGGCUUCCAUCCGCCAUGGACGCAAGCGGUAAAAAAGUCAUCGUAUGCGAUAAUGGAACUGGGUUUGUAAAGUGUGGAUUUGCAGGAUCCAACUUCCCUGCUCACAUAUUUCCGUCAAUGGUUGGAAGACCAAUCAUACGAUCAACACAAAAAGUCGGAGACAUCGAAAUAAAGGAUUUAAUGGUCGGUGAUGAAGCAAGUAAGCUGAGAUAUAUGCUCGAAGUAAAUUACCCUAUGGAUAAUGGUAUCGUCAGGAGCUGGGACGACAUGAAACACGUUUGGGACUACACAUUUGGCGAGUCUAAACUAAACAUUAACCCUCGGGAAUGCAAGGUUUUGCUGACUGAACCGCCAAUGAAUCCCAUGAAGAACAGAGAAAAAAUGGUGGAGGUUAUGUUUGAACAUUACCAGUUUGAUAGUGUUUAUAUUGCAAUUCAAGCAGUUUUAACUUUAUAUGCCCAAGGUCUUCUAACUGGAGUUGUGGUUGAUUCUGGUGAUGGCGUAACCCAUAUCUGCCCAGUAUAUGAAGGUUUUGCUCUGCCUCACCUCACAAGAAGACUGGACAUAGCAGGACGCGACAUCACUAAAUACCUCAUUAAAUUGAUGUUGCUUAGAGGAUAUGCUUUUAACCAUUCUGCUGAUUUUGAAACUGUCAGAAUGAUGAAGGAAAAACUUUGUUAUGUAGGGUACAAUAUUGAACAAGAACAGAAACUAGCAAUAGAAACAACUGUGCUCGUAGAACAAUAUACUCUUCCUGAUGGAAGAGUAGUCAAGCUGAGUGGAGAACGUUUUGAAGCCCCAGAGGCACUGUUCCAGCCUCACUUGAUCAACAUUGAAGGUGUUGGAGUAGCAGAGCUACUGUUUAAUACAAUUCAAGCAGCUGAUAUUGAUACUCGUUCUGAGUUCUACAAGCAUAUUGUAUUAUCUGGUGGUACUACUAUGUAUCCUGGCCUGCCGAGUAGACUGGAGAGAGAGAUCAAGCAAUUGUACUUGGAAAGGACACUCAAGGGAGAUGUGUCAAAACUAUCGAAAUUCAAGAUUCGUAUUGAGGAUCCUCCUCGGCGAAAGCACAUGGUUUUCAUGGGUGGAGCCGUGUUAGCUGAUAUUAUGAAGGACAAGGAUAACUUCUGGAUGACGAGACAGGAGUACGAAGAGAAGGGUAUAAAAUGCCUUGAAAAGUUAGGUAUCAAAGUUAGCUAAGAAAAUAAAAAAUAAAUGGUCCUAGUUGCACAAUUACAAGGAGGUAUGUGUUUGAAAACCUGAACGGCCCAUCCAUAUUUUAAAAUACAAUUUCUUUAAUCAUUUCUAGAUAAUAAUUACUCUUGAUUUAUUAUCGACUUCUUUCAUAUCAUGCUUAGGAGAAAUUUAGGAAGCUUUCAUGUAUUAGACAAAUGGGGAUUCCUUUCUUAGUUGGAUUUCUAUCCUUUCUGCCAAUAGGUUGCUAUCAAUAGACGUCACUUCCGGUAAUAGCUCUUUUUUGAUGGCUUGUAGAAUCCUGGAGGUUGUUUUGAUCUCUUGUUUUGUGGUUUGAUGUCGUGAAAAUAGUCAAAUACAAUAGUUUGAGGACUUAUUUUGAUGUUUUGACUUGGCAUCCACUAGUUGCCCCCCAGUUAACCGCUUGUUUGCCCCCCAGUCAACUCCAAAAAGUCACGUGAUAUAUAGCAAGCAAUAAUGGCAAUUUAACAAUAUUACAUUAUAUAUUUUUGCUAUCCUUAAGAAAAGCUUUAGACAAACUCUAUGCUAAUAUCUGAAAGUUUUCUUGAUAAUUUUUUCUGGGAAGUAUGAUUCUUAUAAAAGAAAUCUAAUUUUGCUAUAGACGCAUUGAGCCUUAUAAAUGUUGCACAAUUUCAUAUCACGCCAUCAUUUUUUCUUUGAAUAUCGUUUGUUCUUGUGCUUGAGAAGAUAUAUGAUAUAAAAAGCUCUGAAUUAAGGUUGAAUUUUGAGUGAUUUGAAAAUGGCAACAUGAUGGCAGAGAAAAUGAUUUUUCAUCAGUAAUGAUGAGUCGUUAGAAUUAUUUUUUUGUUGUGUUCACAAGUUGUCAAGGCAUUUAUUUUGCUUGCUAUAGUAUUAGAAUAAAUGUGGUGAACUCAUCAUCAUCAUCAUCA